UCUCUCGCAUUUGCUUCAACAUCUCUGCGUGUUUUGUGAGGGCUUCAUAUUUGGGGAGCAUGGGUUAGGCGAGAAGGCGUGCCAACGGAGUGCUUGCGUGUGUGAGUAUAGGCCACCAGUGCAUACGUGUGUGGUUGCUAAUACGUCCGUGGCUGCCAAUACGUUUGUGGCUGCUAACACGUCCGUGGCUGCCAAUACGUUUGUGGCUGCUAACACGUUCGUGGUUGCCAACACGUUUGUGGCUACCAACACGUUCGUGGCUGCCAAUACGUAUACCGCUAUAUGCGCAUCGAUACACACGAGUGUGCCCGCCGCCGUACGCCCAUACAUGCCGAGAUGAUGAGGAACGAGUUUUUAGUCAACACAAUUUACAACCAUGGGAAUUUGAAGAAGGUGCUGGGGUUGCUAAGAAGCCUAAAUAAGAGCAAUAAGCUGGACCUAAUAUGCCAGGUGUGUGAAAAGUGCAAUAUAGAAGACGAUGAUGAGACGUUGCGAAUUUUUCUAAACGAGUUGAGUCAUAUUAGCAAUGACGACAGUGUCAGUGGUAAACAUAGUGAGAGCAGCAGGGGAGGAGUUUCCGGUGGCAACCAGAGUAAUGUCACCCUGAUGAGCAUUGGAAAACACAUGGGAAUUGUAAAUAGGUGUAAUAACAAUAUUUUGGAGGAGCACAGUAACAACCUGUAUGAAGAAACCAAGGACCUGAGUGGGUCCCUCUCCAAUAGCUCCGAAGAAAUUAACGAAUUUGAUAUUGACAUGAAUACAGCUAAUAAUGAAAAAAAUAAAGCCACCAGAAUUUAUGUUGAUGGGAUUUUCGAUUUGUCUCAUUCGGGUCAUUUCAAUGCCAUGAGACAAGCGAAACAGUUAGGAGACGUCGUGGUGGUUGGAAUCAACUCCGAUGAAGAUGCCCUAAACUCCAAGGGAGUUAUGCCUAUAUAUAGUCAAGAAGAAAGGGGGGCAUUGAUAGCCGGGUGUAAGUGGGUGGACGAAGUUAUUAUAGGCACCAAAUACAACGUCAGUAUGGAACUGUUGCGCAAAUACAAUUGUGAUUACGCUGCCCAUGGCAGUGACAUUGCGUAUGACAGGAAUGGCAACUGUUGCUAUGAGGAGGUUCGAAAGAACAACAGGUUGAAAAUAUUUGAGCGCAGCUAUGGGAUCUCCAGCACGACUAUAAUUAACCAUUUGUUGCAGGCGGUGAACAGCGUGAAUAAGGGCCUGCCCGAGGGGGACGCAGCGGUGGGGAUGAGCAGCGGUGUGAGCAGCGGUAUGACCAGCGGUGUUACCAGCGGUGGAGGAAGCACCGCUAUCGCCAACGCCGCCAUCGCCAACCACAAUGAGGACGACAAAGCGUCGGCCCCGUACAGUAACGGAAAUUGCCUGAACGGUACAGGUGAAAAAAGCAACUUGAGUAAAAAAUGUAAAACGAAUUCGAAAGAAUUCGAAGAUGAAGCCGCCGUCACGGAAGCAGCGGCAGUGACGGACAACAAAAUCAGGCCAUCCGAAUGCAUGUCCAGUUUAAAACAUGCCUUAAGCAAAAAUAAAUGUUACGUAACGGCAUCUCAGUUGUAUCAAUUCAUGGAAAGCCAUGAAAAAAAAACAAAAAAAAAAGUGGUAUACGUGGAUGGCUCGUUUGACAUUUUUCACAUUGGUCAUUUAAAGAUAUUGGAAAACGCCAAAAAGUUAGGCGACUAUUUGAUAGUAGGCAUGCACUCCGACGAGGUCGUGCGCAGGAUGAAGGGGAAGUAUUUCCCCGUCGUCUCCCUACUGGAGAGGACAUUAAAUGUGUUAGCCAUGAAGGUCGUGGACGACGUAGUCAUAGGAGCCCCAUGGCUCAUCAGCGAGAGCUUCAUCAAGCGCUUCCAGAUUGACAUAGUGGUGAGGGGGACCAUUGUCGAUUACUUUUACUCGAGCAACGAGUUGGAUCCGUACGCCGUCCCGAAGAAGUUGAACAUUUACCAGGAGCUCUCCUCGGAAUCGGGCAUCACCACCUUCGAAAUUAUCGAACGAAUCGAGAAGAACAAAAAUUGCCUGAUGAGUACCAUAUCGAAGAGAAAGAAGAAGGAAGAUAACAUCUGGAAGGUGAACAAUACGUACGUUUUGAAUUAA